AUGACGGUGACAAGGAUCUGCCUGAAUCUCUUCCUCUUGGUGCUAGGUAAGAGGAACUUCCUUUUUUUUUAACGCUGUAUACACUUGGGGCAGUACAGUGGUACCUUGGUUAAGUACUUAAUUCGUUCUGGAGGUCCGUUCUUUACCUGAAACUGUUCUUAACCUGAAGCACCACUUUAGCUAAUGGGGCCUCCUGCUGCCGCCACACCGCCGGAGCACAAUUUCUGUUCUCAUCCUGAAGCAAAGUUCUUAACCUGAGGUACUAUUUCUGGGUUAGCGGAGUCUGUAACCUGAAGCGUAUGUAACCCGAGGUACCACUGUAUUCAGUUACUGUGUCCCACCAGCACAGCAGAACUUUCUCCCCUCUCCACAGCCCACCCUCCCCAAAUUGGCUUCAGAUGAUUGGAGGAAAGCCCCAGAACAGAUUUAGGGGGCAGGUGGGGGAAGGAGAGGAGGAGAAGCAGAAAUCCUUACUCUGAUGGAUGGAACAUUCACUUAUUACAAUGUUGGAUGCAACCCAUAUAGUCUAACCGAUAGGUGCUUGCUCUUGGUUCCACUAAUGUAAUGCAGAAGCAGUUUUGGAUUGUUAGAGGGUAAAGCUUUAUUUUUAAAAAACCACAGAGAAGGGCAAAAGCAAUGUUCUAGGAAACAGCUUUUCCUAUAUGCAAGCAAAAUAAAAUGUGAGGAAAUGGCAAAUAUGCACCUAAACUCAUACAUAUAUAGGGAAUCAUCAUUUACCCUUUCAAUGGGUAGAAGAGGGAGGGAGGGACCUGUUCAACUGAAUUUUUAAAAGCACAUAUUCCUUUGUAACACUAAGGAUGAGGGAGAAAUUUGAUUCAGUUUGCGUUUCAGCUUUCCGAAACAAUACACAAUGCAAAACUCAAAUGUUUGUCAAAAUGUGUACUCCUCUGAAUUUUGCAGUUCAGUUCUCUAGGCAAGUACCGUAUUUUUUGCUCUAUAAGACGCACUUUUUCCCUCCUAAAAAGUAAGGGGAAAUGUGUUUGCAUCUUAUGGAGCGAAUGCAGGCUGCGCAGCUAUCCCAGAAGCCAGAACAGCAAGAGGGAUUGUUGCUUUCGCUACGCAGCGAUCCCCCUUGCUGUUCUGGCCUCUGGGAUUCAGAAUAUUUUUUUUCUUCUUUUCCUCCUCCAAAAACUAGGUGCGUCUUAUGAUCUGGUGCGUCUUAUAGAGCAAAAAAUACGGUGAUGUGUACAAAAAUGAAGGUAUUUGGGUACAGUCUAAAUGAAAAUGCAUUUAUUAGUGAAAAUAACUUACAAAAAUGUAUAUUAGGGGAAACUGCUUGCAAAAAUGUGUAUAUUAGGAUAAUUUUCAUGAGGACUUAAAAAAAAAAAAGCAAACUGAUAGGGAAAUGGGGAAAACUGAAAUUACGAUUGCAAAAAAUGGGGAGAAAUGGAGGCUUACCCAUCUCUGUGUAGCACACAAUACAUCUAAACACAAGGCGUCAGAUAGAAAAGAAGGAUUAGAGGGCAGGGGAUGUCUUCCUCAAAAUUUCUCGUCUUCCUCUUUUUUUGAAGGAAUGGGUUUCCCAAACCCAAAACUGACUGCGAAGGCAGUUUGAAACUGCACCAAAAUCCCUAUUUUUCCUUAGGUAAAAUCCAUUAACUUGAGCUCUGAGACAAUGUAUAAACAAAACCCGGCUGUGCUCAGAGCCCUCUCCUUUAUCAGUUUGUGACCGCAGGGAUGACCCUGACUGCACCAGCAGAACAGAGAAGACACGUCCGUGCCUUAUCUUAUGUGCUGACCACAAAAGACGCACAGACCUAAGUCCGGAACAAUGCCAAAAGCGUGUUCUCGGAGAUGACACCUCUUCCUCCAAGAUAAGAGUAGGAAGAGGAAGAUCCUUUUAUGGUCAGAAGUACAGGAAGGAAUUCCCUUUUAUGGUUAAGAAUACCAGAGCAAGAACAUAUGUGAUGUCAACCUGCGUACAUAGGCUGACGUGGUUGGAUUUAUAUGGGAAGGAGGGAGAGGGUGCCUGGAGGAUAUAUAUACUGCAUGAAACUUGUCAUUUCUUUGGACUUGCUGUGGACUUGAUCACGCAAGUGCCUUCUGCUAUCCGGAGAGCAGAAUAAACUCUUUCUUCGAAUCAACCUCGGUGUCAUUUGACUUCCUUCCUCCUGUCCCGGAGCAACGCAGACCCAAUCGGUGAACUCCAAUAAGGCUACAUUUUGAAAGUAUUAACCCCAUAGUUUUUUUUCCAGCAUGAUGCAGCUGGCUGGUGCUAGCCCUGACCAUACCAUUGCAUGUCCAUACAAUUGCAGCUUUUAAUCUAAUAUGCUGCUGAGUCUCUGAGGGGUGAGGAGCCUAUGGCCCUUCAGAUACAGUGGUACCUCUGGUUAAGUACUUAAUUCAUUCCGGAGGUCUGUUCUUUACCUGAAACUGUUCUUAACCUGAAGCACCACUUUAGCUAAUGGGGCCUCCUACUGCCACCGCACCGCCGGAGCACGAUUUCUGUUCUUAUCUUGAAGCAAAGUUCUUAACCUGAAGCAUUAUUUCUGGGUUAGCGGAGUCUGUAACCUGAAACGUAUGUAACCUGAAGCAUAUGUAACCUGAGGUACCACUGUACAGUUGCCAUAUGUCCAGAAUUUCCUGGACAUACCUGGAAUACUACAGUUGAAAGCAGUGUCCAGGAGGAAAUAGGCUUAAAUGUCGGCAGUGUCAUUUUUGCCAAUUUCCCUCAAAAAUAGCUGAACAACUUCUGUCUGGAUUUUCACUUUUUGAAAUAUGGCAACCCUGCUUCAGGGUUUGUUAGACUCCAGUUUCCAUCAGCCCCAGUCAGCAUGGUCAGUGGUCAUGGACUCAGGGAGCCAAAGUCCAACAUCUGGCGAGCCAUUCCUCUCCUACAAUGCAUAUUAAAAACAACAACACACGUUUAACUUGUUUUUAUAACAGUAUAACUACAUUGUUAUAAACAGCCCUGGGGCAUUAUGGUAAAACGUGAAUAAGAAAUCCUACAUGGAAUUUUGUAUUUGGAUUAUUGUAAAUUGUUUUAAUUGUAAAAAUUAAAUUGAUAAGAAAGAAAGAAAGAAAGAAAGAAAGAAAGAAAGAAAUCCUACAAAUACAUAUAUGAAUAGCCCUCGCAGAGCAAAAUACUUCUGUUGCCUACUAGUUGUGAGUGGAAUAAUUUGCUGCAAAUAUCCUCCGUAUUUCCAACAUAAAAGAAUCAAUGUUUGAUUUGAGAUGGAGUGUAUUAUAUGAACGGCUCUGAAACGGAGUACUUGUGUAUUUUGCUUUUAGCGGCCCUGCCUCAGAUGACUUGGCAAGAUUCUAUCAACUCCUUGGAAGUGAAGUUAUUAGAGUCACUGCUGAAUACAUAUUCCCCAUCCCUGAUGCCCAGAAAUGGAAACGGCCCCCUUGUGGUGGAUGUCAAGAUAGAGAUGUCUAACGUGCUUCAUGUGGUAGGUAUAACAGCUUAUACAGUGGUACCUCGGGAUGUGAACGGGAUCUGUUCCGGAGCCCCGUUCGCAUCCUGAAGUGAAUGCAACCCGCGUCUGCACAUGCGCAGGUCGCAAUUCGCCACUUCUGUGCCGCGGAGCGCAACCCAAAAACGCUCAACCUAAAGCAACUUCAACCUGAGGUAUGACUGUACCACGCUUACAAAUUGACAUUCUGUCUGCAAACAAGGAUUAUACUAAUAUAAUGUUCAUGUUCAAAAUAAUGUAUGUUCAAAGCACCCCGAGACCCAUGGGUAUAGGGUAAGGGGUAUAGAGUAUAUGGGUAAGGGGAUGCGGGUGGCGCUGUGGUCUAAACCACGAGCCUCUUGGGCUUGCCGAUCAGAAGGUUGGCUGUUCGAAUCCCCGCCACAGGGUGAGCUCCCGUUGCUCUGUCCCAGCUCCUGCCAACCUUGUAGUUCAAGUAGAUAAAUAGGUACUGCUGUGGUGGGAAGGUAAACGGCGUUUCCAUGCACUCUGGUUUCGUCACAGUGUUCUGUUGCACCAGAAGUGGUUUAGUCAUGCUGGCCACAUGACCCAGAAAGCUGUCUGUGGACCAAUGCCGGCUCCCUCAGCUUGAAAGUGAGAUGAGUGCCACAACCCCAUAGUCAUCUUUGACUGGACUUAUCCAUCCAGAGGUCCUUUAUCUUUACCUUACCUAUAGGGCAGUAUAAUGAUGAUGAUGAUGAUGAUGAUGAUGAUGAUGAAACUGAGUAUAGAUGUCUCCCAAGCUAGAGCUGUUAUAUGGAAGUGACAACAGAGUUUUUUGGCCAACAUAAAAAGGCAGACUUUUUGGCACUGUGUUUUCUUGAAAAUUCUUCUAUGAACUUUACAGUGUGUGCACACGUGUGUGUGCAUGUAUUUGUGUGUGUUUGACUUUGAAUUCUUUAUCCAACAGGACAUCAUGCAAUACACUAUCUCAUCUGUCCUCGUGCUUUAUCAGGUAAUGCUUAGUCUUUCUUAUCAAAGAACUGGGAAGUAUGGUAAUAGGAGAUAAAGCGGUCCUGAAGGCAGGCUCCACUCUCCACAUUGUCUGCUCACACUUCCUGAUCAAAUAAUUAGCUUGAUCAUGUCCAUGGGAUGCUGAAGUGAUACAGUUGGUGAGUGAAGCAGAUUUUAGAUUUGAAAGGGUGGGUGAGUGGGGAGGAGGAUAUAGUCAAGAUUAACGUUUCCUUUCACUGAAAUCCUCAGUCAUGGUAUGCUGAACAGCUGGCCUGGAAUGAGACAGAGUUCCCCUUCACCACCAUCACUGUGCCCUGGGGUUCGGUGUGGACUCCUUCCCUCACAGUUCAAGAAUCGUAAGUAGCCUUGAAAAAUGUACACAUGUACCAUACCACAUAUGUUCCAAGGGUUUCUCUAGUCUCUGACCCUGAAAAAGGCACAGGACAGGGGUAGGGACCCUGAAGCCCUCCUCCAGGUUGGACUGCAGCUCCCAUCAGCCCCAGCCAGCACGACUACUAUUCUGGAAUGCUGGGAACUGGAGUCCAGCAACAUCUAGAGGGGCCCAGAGUCCUCAUCACUGAACGAGGGAAUGUGGAAAGGAAUAGGAAAAUGUGAGAACAGCAUCCGACACCGUACCAGACCCAAAGUCCCUGGGAUGCUGCAUAUAGGGCCAGAUGAUGACAACCAUCCCAUUGCUUCCCACCUGCAACCUGUGGCAUCAGGUCCCCAGAGGUAUGCUCCUUUGAAAUGUACCCACCUGCCAUGAAUUUGUCCCCUCCUUUUGUAAAGCACCCAUCUCCUUGAAGGCAGAAACCUAUACAGCCUUGCACACAGAAUAAUCUGACAGGGCGCCAUACCGUCUCUCUCUUGGCCAAUGCACCAACUGAUAGGAGUAAUUCUCCACAAACACAGAAGAGUGUAACAUACCGGCGGAUGGGAAACUUUAGCUAAGCAUAAAUUCCUUUUCUGGAUUUCAUUCCUCCCCAUUUUCAUACAGCAUUGUGUAUCUUCAUACUACAAUGUGUGAAAACAGGACAUUAAACCUUGAGUGAGGAACUGGUCUAGUAACACAAAGCUGACCUUUUCAUAGGAAGCUGAGCUAGAGAGUGGUUGCCUCCCUUCACUCAGCUCUUCCUGUACCACCACCCCUGCUCAUUUUUCUUAUCCACCUGCCCAGGUGACCCAAACACUCACCUUGUGGGCGAGUUCCUAGUAGAUGCCAUUCUACAUGUCAAAACAUGUCACAGCGAGCAAGGAAGGUCUGAGGACUCUCCUCUGCUGUCCCCCUUAUCUUACAGCUCCUUUUGCUUACUGAAGGUUUGAAGUGGAAUGGAAAACAGAAUCGCCUCCUGUAGUGCUUCACAGUGAUGGGAAAGUGGAGUUUGCGCUCUCUCUGCGCAUUGACAGCAACUGCAACUUUGAUCUCUUAUACUACCCACGAGACAGCACUCGCUGCACUCUGAGCUUCUCCUCUCUAGCCAACACGGGUAAGUGAGGCGCCUGCUUAUGCUGGGCAAUGCAAAUGUCAGAAUCUGGUAAAUGUAGUGCAGAAGGAAAUAGCCUGGCAAGACUGCUGGUUGAAAGGGUAAAUAAAAAAGGUUGAUUACUCAUGGCAAACAAACCUAUUCUAGGUAUAGUUGUUACAAGAUGGAGCCAAGAAGUCAACAGAAGCCCAUGCCCGUUCUGACUGAGCUAGGAGAAGUUGCAGGAAGGAAGCCUGAAAGGAAGUAGUUACUAAAAGUGAAGGAAUCAGUGAGGAGAAAGGACAAGUUGCCUGUCUGUCCCCCGCCCCACCCCACCCCGCUCAGUUCAGGUGGGGUGACUGUGUCCGGGAGUCCACUGAGGGACCAAAGGGUCACUACAUCUCUCUUAAUGGCUGCCUGUGUGGAGUCGUGGCAUCCAAUCCAUGUUGGGGGGUGAUUCCCUAGCACAAGUUUGACCCCACCAGGUUCCUAUCAGGCAGCAGGCAGGCUGCCUGAUGCAGGAUACAUGCCCAAUGCCUUAGCCAAACCUACUCUUUCCUGGAAUCAAUAAAGCUGUGGCCUAAUUCAAGCCAAUACCAGUCUCCUGUGUCAUUCUUGUGGCCUGCCCGUCACCUGCCACAGCCAUUAUGUGCCUGUGCCAGCAAUUACCAAGUCAAAUAAGAGUUCCGUAUGCCAACCCUCCAAGUGUCCCUAUUUUCCGGGGAGCUCCCUGAUUUAGAGAAGCCGUCCUGGUUUCUGAUUUGAUCCCGGAAUAUCCCACUUCCCCCCCUAUUUUCAUUGGAGAAAUGUUGGAGGGCAUGGAAUUAUCUGACACCUGAGCUGUCUAAAGGCAAUCCUGUACAGUUGGUACCUCGGGUUACAUACGCUUCAGGUUACAGACGCUUCAGCUUACAGACUCCGCUAACCCAGAAAUAGUACCUCAGAUUAAGAACUUUGCUUCAGGAUGAGAACAGAAAUUGUGCUCCGGCGGCGUGGCAGCAGCGGGAGGCCCCAUUAGCUAAAGUGGUGCUUCAGGUUAAGAACAGUUUCAGGUUAAGAAUGGACCUCUGGAACAAAUUAAGUACUUAACCUGAGGUACCACUGUAUAGGGAAGUUUUUAAAAUAAAAUGUUUUAUGUUUUAUUACGUUUUUAUGCUGGUUGGAAGCUGGCCAGAGUGCUGGGGCAACCCAAUAAGAUGUGUGGGGUAUAAAUAGUAAAAUUAUCAUUAUGGAAUGGGACGUCCCUAUUUUCAUCAGAGAAAUGUUGGAGGGUAUGCCCACGUGAGGUUUGCCUUAAGGGGAACAUGUCUUGGGGUAGCCUGACUUUAUGGUCCUUGGGGCUCUUACCAAUUUAGAUGCAACUCCUUCUACUGAAGGGAGCAUAGAUGAUCGAUUGGAUUCCUAAAAUCUCUCUUAUACUUCCAUUGAAUAUCCAAAGAACUUGUGUGUGUGUAUGUGUGUUUAACUCUUUCAAGUCAAUGAGCUGGAAUUCAACGUCUCCAUUGAAAACCAGAUUCUGAAUUUAAAGCGUGAAUACCUUGUCACGGAUGUGAAAGUCAGCAGCCUGAAUAAUUUGCCACAGCCUUGCUUUGUAGUUAUGGUAAGGAGAUGAAAUUGGACUAUAACUCGGAGAAGGCAUGCAAGGGGCUUCUUUGCUGGGUCUUGCCCUCUCAUCUGAUUGGGGCGCGUGGGAAUGUCACAAUGCAGGGCCUCCCUACACCAUGUGCCUUCAGCCCUGCUGGUGAAAGCAAAGAAGGCAAGUGAGACAGAGCAAACUACUUGGGAGAGGAGCUGCAGGGAAUGCUCUUCUUGGAAAUGUGAACUGUACUUGCAGCAGGGAACCUAUGCUAUUGGACUCCAACUCCCAUCAGCCUCAGACAGCAAGGCCAAUCAGUGGUCAGAGAUGAUGGGGUUUUUAGUCCACUGACACCUGGAGAGACACAGGUUCCACACCCCAGAUUUAAGGAGCAUCUUUAGUUUGCUGCUGCAACAUGGUUUUUAUUGUAGCAUUUCAGAGGGUUGAGAGCACUCCGUGUACAUUUUUUUGUAAUCCUGACAGCAACCUUGUAAGGUAGGACUAGAUCAGGGAUGGAGAGCAUGAAGCCCUCCAGGUGUUGUUGGACUUAAACUCCCAUCAGCCCAAGCCAGGGAUGAUGGGAUUUGUAUUUGAGCAGCGACUGGUGAGUUGCAGGUACCCCACCCCUGGUCUAGAAAAAGUUCACAGGGAGGGGGUUUCCAAGGCCCUCGAAGUCUGCUUUUAAUGACAAAAAUGUUCACUUAAGAAGAUUCAGUGCACCUUUUUGCGAACGUCUACUUUUAGAUGACUUUGCUUCUUUCUACAUUAAUGGCCAGAAGGGCGUGAAUGACCAACUUAGGCAAGCGGCUUUUAAAACGUUGCUUGACUUCGCCAAUUCCACAUUAGAUGACAGUAGUGGAAAGUGCCAAAGCUUGUGUUCUUCUUUUGGUAUUUACUUAUUAGAGGGAGGUUGAUACAACUUAUCCAGCUACUUUGCCAACCAAUGCCGAUGUUUUGCGAAAUGCUGAAAGGCUCAAAUGCUCAUUCCUUUCACCCACAAAUCCCAACCUCUUUUCUAGGUGAAGUUAGAAAACACAGGAAUGCGAAUCGUCCUCUCUGUAAUUGUGCCAAGCCUGGCACUUGUGGUAGCGGAUCUCUGUGGCUUCCUUAUCCCACUCAAAGACAGGCUGGCAUACAUGAUCACCUUGCUGUUGGCUUACCUGGUGUUCCACUCCUCACUCAUUGGCUCCUUGCCCGGUUCUUCUUCCUGCAACCCAUUGCUCAGUAAGUUGAACAGGCCAGGAAAAAUUAAGUAGCAAAACUGCAGGCGGAAUUGUAUUACAAGCCACAUGGGGCCGUAGCCCAAAAUGGUAGCCCGUGGUGCAUUUCCCUGUAAUGUUGGUAAACAAUUAGAGGGAGAAACACACAUUAUGGAGUGCAGUGAGUGGGGGGUUAACUUCCCGCCCCCCACAAGCUGAUGUACCACAAUGGACAUAAAAGCUGGGCCCCGGAAGCUUAUUGGAGAUCAGCGGAGAUGCAAUGGACAAACGCUGUCUGUUUUUCAGCAGGCUGAGUAGCAGGAUUCGGCCUUUCCCUCUCCUAAGGUGAAAAGCCAGGAGAACUUGAUUUCCAUCCCAUCUGUGGCAUGUGGGGAGGAGAGGGUGCACUCCCCUGCCCAGCACAUGGCAAUGAGCAUGAGGACUGAGCCCUCCUGGUCACCUGAGGAGGGGGCAUGGCUUCAGGGAGAUUGCCAGGGACAGGGGAAGAGCACUGGCGAGCUGAAGACUCCUCAGGCUUCUCUUAGAGAAGUCAGUCAUGAUCAGUCCUGAGGUGCCGGACUUCAUGGUAACCUUCCCUAUCACACUGAAAUAGUACUACUCUUUAUUUCUUUACAGUGGUACCUCAGAUUACAUACGCUUCAGGUUACAUACGCUUCAGGUUACAGACUCCACUAACCCAGAAAUAGUACCUCGGGUUAAAAAGUUUGCUUCAGGAUGAGAACAGAAAUCGUGCGGCGGCAGCAGGAGGCCCCAUUAGCUAAAGUGGUGCUUCAGGUUAAAAACAAUUUCAGGUUAAGAACAGACCUCCAGAACGAAUUAAGUUCUUAACCCGAGGUACCACUGUACUUACAAUAGUCUUUCCUGCCAAAGUGCCUUUAGUUAAUUUUUGCUGGAUAAGUUCUGUGUUUUAGCUGCUGGAAUUUGUUAAAGGGACUGGAUAUUGUUAAAUUUUAGUGUGUCAGGGGUUGUUUUGCUUUUGUAAGUCGCCUCGAGAGCUCAUCCAUACUUCCUGUCAGGCUGCAUUUCUAGGCACAGGCCCGUGCUUUUAAAGCACCGUGACUGAGCACAAAACCCAUUCUUAAAAGCUGAAUCCGAGCAAAUGGCAAUCCAUAGGAAACCCAUUUGUUCUGAUUCCGCGUUAAAGAGCAGGUUUUCACAGGGAAAGUGCUGGGGCAAAAUAAGAAGAAGAAGAAGAAGAGGAGUUUGGAUUUGAUAUCCUGCCUUUCACUCCCUUUAAGGAGUCUCAAAGCGGCUAACAUUCUCCUUUUCCCUUCCUCCCCCACAACAAACACUCUGUGAGGUGAGUGGGGCUGAGAGACUUCAGAGAAGUGUGACUAGCCCAAGGUCACCCAGCAGCUGCAUGUGGAGGAGCGGGGACGCGAACCUGGUUCCCCAGAUUACAAGACUACCGCUCUUAACCACUACACCACACUGGUGUAUAAAUAAUGAGCAUAAAUAAUGCUCAGACAUGGUGCUUUAAAGUUUGGAAUUGUGCCUAGAAAGUGCAGGGCAAAAGGUAAGUGUGGAUGAGCCCUGGGUUUCUUUAGAGAAAUAGGCAGACUUUUAUUUAUUUUUAUUUUUAUUUUUAAAAGGAAGACAGCAUCAAGACAGAGUAUAGUGAACUAUAGGUCACAGAGGUAGAAAGGAGAGCUUGCCAGAGGGAUGUCAUUUUGGUCAGGGGCUGAGUGUUCUUCCUACUGUGCAGUGCUUCCCCAAGCACUUCUUGUGAAUAAGAAAAACAACGCGCUGAUUUAGUUAAGAGCUCCCCUCCCAGCACACAUUUCUUCACCCUAACUCAGAAUAUCCUUUGUUGUGCACUGAGGCGCACAAGAAUGAGCUAGAGUGCUGUGGAAGAAGAGCCUAAAUUCUCUUAAUUAAGAUUAAUCAAAUGGUUCUUACAUCAAACGGCAAUAUCAUUCUAUUCACCAUUUUAUACACUGCAUAGCUGCUUACAGAAAGAGAGGGAGGUGGGUGGGUGGGUGUGGGCGUCUCUUCCUAUAUGCAUAAAAUUGUAAGGCUGCCAUUGUGCAGCCCUUGUGGAAGGAUUUGUAGUGCCUCAUCACAACUCUGGAUUUGCAUGGAGUCAGGGCAGGAGAGGAGCAAAAGAGAAGGCUGCUUACAUGGGCAGGGACACACACACACACACACACACACACACACACACACACACGUAUCCCUUGCUUUUCAAACAUGGUUGACUUUGUUGAUGAAUAAGAGACAUUUGUUAGGAUGAGUCAUGAGCCAUGACUCAUAUGCUCCUUCCCAGACCAGUUUUAAUGGCUGUUACAAGACUGCAAAGUGAAGGUUUCUUUCUUUUCCACAUGCAUGCACAUGACCAAACUAAAUAUCAUAUUAAUAGAGAUAGGCCGAAGGUCGAUCUGUUCCGCUGAUGCAUUUUUGGGUGAUUUGUGGUGUAUUGACCAGGAGUCUGACUCACUAUUGUUUAAGAAUAAUAGCAACAAAAUGUCACCACUACUUAAGCUGAGAUUCAGACAUUGCAGGAGAUCAGACUUGAUGACCCAUGGGGUCCCUUCCAACACUAUAAUUAUAUUAUUCUGUUCUAUGACUCCCCCACUACCCAUCCUAAAUGAUAUUGCUGAAAUGAAGAAAGUUUAAGGUAACUGGGUAUGGAUUUUGUACUGAAGAACCAGGAGCUCAGUUUAGUUCUGGAACUUAGAAGCAAAUUCCUGGGCUCAGAAUUAUUUAAUUCUAAGCACAUACCAUUUUGCAACAGGCACUGGUUCGUAGAUCCUGACAUUCUAAUAGAAUACAAUGUGCAAAACUAAAAGUCUGCCUCCCCUGAUGCUAAGCACAUCAUCAGUGUCCUCUUUUACAAAAUAUUUUUUUUUAAGUGGGCCUGUGUGAGUGAGAUUCAGGCCUUAACUAUCCCUACAAUGGGGUGGGGUGGCGACAUGAGAAUGAUGUGUUUAACAACACGUCUGGCAUACACAUGGGUCAGGGAUGGGGAACUUCUGGCCCUCCAGAUGUUGUUAGGCACCAACUCCCAGCAGCCUCCUCUUUGAAUGGCCAAUGGUCAGGGAGAUGGGAGUUGUAAAGCAACAGCUGGGGGAGCACAGGUUUCCCCUCUCUGGUUUAGGCUGAUGGAUGGUAGGAAUGAGCGGUGCAAGUAAGCAACUAUCAGUACAGGUGGAACUCGAUUCCACUUAUUCCUCAACUUCCAUCAUUUUCUGAUACUGCCAAAACACUUGCUCAUUCCCUCCGAAAUGCUAUUCUUUAUUGCUCCUGUUCCUGCAAUGAAUAACACUAUAAGGAUUGCCUUCAUCGUGUGCCUCUUCAAACCUGUCACUUUUUUGUUCCCUGUGCCUGGUUCUCUUGUCCAUUGCAAUACAGUACAAAAACCUUUCCCUCAUCUUUUGAAAUCACUUCAUGCUUUUUCUCUGCUCAAUCUUUUAGCUCUGUCUUGUUUUCUUCAUCCUGGUUGAAACCUCUUGGUUAAGCCUCAGCUCACACUACUAUAAAAAUUCCUUACUUUGCAGCACAUUAUCACUAAGGAAUGUAAUGCCGUCAAAAGAGUGGUCACAAAGACCAAACAUCAAGGCCAAGCAGGCAGCUCCAGCCCUCCUUUCUGGCAAUCGACGUAAAAAUAAUGUUUUGUAAAAAUGAUGGUUUCACUGGAAAUUAUGUGCAUGCUUAUUUUGAGUUUUUCAGUCCAUGUCUGCUAGUUUCCCUUUGGCAUUCUACAGCUAUGCUAAACAAUUUUUUGAAGUCAAUUGUUUAGAACAAUUAUCCAAUGAUUUGCUCAACAGCUGUGCAAUUAAUUUCCUCUUUUUUCUAAACUCCAGGUUAUUACUACAUCAGUCUCCUGGUGUUACUAUUCCUUAGCACAAUUGAGACUGUUUUGGUGACAAAGUUGGUUACUGACAACAGUAAUCUCUGGCUGAAUUGUGGAUGUCAGUGGGGAAAGGCAAAGGCUACCACUAUGCUACCUAAAGACCAAAGCAAUAAUCCAGAACAUACAAAAGAUCCUGGGAAAAGCGGUAGGUGCUAACGGGAAAUAAAACAGAAUGACAUUCCCCAAGCAAGGUGACCAGUAGCAAGCCACAUUUCAGUGUGCAAUAGCCUUUCCCAAACAUGGGGAACUCAACUACCAUCAGCUCCAGCCAGUAUUGCACCAAGCUGGGGAAAGCUGGUCUUAACAAUACAACAUCCUGAUGCAGGCAAGCCUCUGGAUCCACUGAAGGCUUUGUGGAAGAAAGAUGGAGUAGUGCCAAAGAAUGAUUGAAAAGAAUCAGAAGUGUAAUUAAUUGCUAGCAGGGCCACCCCACUCUCUCCCAAACUGUGCUAUGGUGUUGCAACAGAAAGGUGGUUCUGAAUAUCAAUAGAUGGACAGCUGCAGCAACAUGAGAGCCUCAACAACACACCCUUGAAGCCUUAAGGCAGGAGAACUCUGUCCCAGUUUUGUCCUCCCUCCAAGCAAGCAUCUAUCCUGCAAAGAAAAGAACCCACUUAAAGUACAAGACCUCAUUUAUUCAGAAUUUAACAAGCCCAUUUUCUGAAUUCUGAUCAGAGGCAAAAUUCACUUGUUGCAGAAUCUGGGCCCAAACAAACACCAAUGCUUAGGAAAGGGGUUUGGAUCUACACUAGAACUAUGAAUGUAUUAAAUAUAUCAAAGGGGUUUGAAUUCAAAUUCAUCAAUUACCAGCUGUUUAUUUUCUCAAAGUCCAUCGGUAAUACUUCAAAUGUACCUUUCAAAAGCAUCUCGGGUUCUGCUUAUUUUGUUUUCUGCGGCAAUCACCCGAAAGGGUUUGAAUAAGAGAUCACUUGAAUUCCCCCUCAAGUGCUUUGGUCAUAUGAAGCUUGCAAACUGAGCAUUCAUUCAGCUCAUCUUUCUCCUUUACCUUUCAGACUGUGGGACAACUGAAGAGUCAUCGCAUCUCAAACAAGCUUCUGCCCAUGUGGACAGGCUCUUCUUCUUCAUCUACUUUGGACUUGUUGUUGUGUUUCAUCUCCUGUUUUCCGCAGUCUGGCUCUUUUGGAAAUGCGAAUCAGGGAAGCCUCCAGGAGAAGACUACUUAGAUGGAAUCAAAUGGGAACAAAAAUAA